AUCAGGAUUAAAGGGUGUACUUUUUGAAAGCGUGAGCGACGUUGAUCAACUGGGAGGAAUGUUGUGAUUGGAAAACGAAGUGUAUUUUCUACUGUUACAAAAAUUUGAACCGCAUCCACUGAGAUGACGCUGACAGCAGCUUUCAAUAAAUUAGUAUAAAUAUUCUGUGUCUAUGAGAAGAUUUUUAUGAAUGAAUUUGUAAUGUGGAAGAAGAAGAUUAUUUUGUAUGCUGCUGCUUUCACCGGAAGCUGUUACAUUUUCCCCUGGACAAAUAAGAUAUGUUUGAAUCAUUUGCAAGCUGUCUGUGAUUCUCCAUCUGUACCAGAAUUAGAAAAUGUUUGUUCAUAUAUUUACCUUCCUGAAAAUUAUGGUCAUGAGUUUUAUGAUACAACAUGGUACUUGUCGCAGAAGAAUAUUCCAUCAUAUUGGAAACUGUUGAUGCUAUCUAAAUGCAAAGAUCGUGAAGUUCGACAUCAGGCCAUAAAGGCAUUGUCUGAAUUACCUAAAUUAGAAAGUUGGCAGUAUACAAUAAUUUCUCAAGCAGCUGAUUCACGUACAUCUGUGGGCCUUGCUAGGAUGCCUAAAGUUAAUACAUCCUUCUUCCUUUCACCUUCCUUCAGGGAUUUAGAGGAGGGAAAUCUGCAAUUAGAGCUUUUGCUUUUUGUAAUGGCAUUACCAGUUCAUGGUGUUGACUUGUGCAUUCAGCGUUUGUCAAAGCGAGCUAUAAUAUUUGCAAAUCGUUUAUUUCAACAUGAAUCCACAUGGGACUAUGAGUUGGAAGAUAUGACCAAUAUUUAUCACUCCCAGCAAAAAAAGAAGGCUGUGUUUACAUUUCAUAAACUUUGCUUGGAGGCUAUUUUGGCUCAUUCUGCUGUAAAAUCGCAUAAAUAUAUUAUGGUUGAAAAUGGGGUAAUGAAACUGUUGUUAAAGAUAUUAAAAUGUCAUGAAAAUGAUUAUCAAUUUCAAAGUCUGAUUGCUCAAAUUCUUGCAAAUUUUUCAUUGGAAGAAGAAUUUACAAAAAUAUUUUCUGUUACAGGUUGGAUUGGCAUCUUAGCAUCAUGGAAAAUAUCUCCAUAUGUUGAGGUUAAUCUUCCAGCUGCUAAAGCUCUUGCAAAUCUAGAUAAGGAUGAUUUUCAUCAUUCAUUGUAUGACAGUGGAGUUUAUCUACUUCAUCCUCACAAUAGACAAGGCCCCAUAGAUCAUUUGGCUGAUAUAAUAUUUGUUCAUGGGUUACUGGGGGCCACUUUCUGGACAUGGCGUCAGCAUGAUAAUCAGAGAAGAAGCAAUAUCUCUACUAGUGGAAAACAAAGGAAACCUGAACAAGAUACACAUAAUGAACUUUGUAAUUCUUUAAAUUAUACUCUGUGUUGGCCAAAGGAUUGGCUUGCCAGGGAUCUUCCUAAUCUCCGUCUCAUUUCUGUUGAUUACAAUACAUGCCUCAGUAACUGGAAAUUGCAGUGUUCACAACGAAAAGAAAAAGAUAAUUUAGAUGUCAAAGCCAAGGACAUACUGCAAAAAUUGCUGUUGUCAAAGAUUGGGGAGAGACCUAUUGUAUGGGUAGCUCAUUCUAUGGGUGGUCUUCUAGUCAAACAAAUACUAGUGGAAGCUGCUGCAAGUACAGAUGAAAAAGCACACUCAGUUUUAUGUAACACAGUUGGUAUUGUUUUCUUUAGUGUUCCACAUAAAGGAAGUGAGAUUGUCAACAUACUGCAAAUGAUGCCUUUUGUUUUUCAACCGUCUGUAGAUAUUAGCCAACUUCAUAAAGGAUCUUCAGGUUUACAAUCCCUCCAUGAAAAAUUUAAAGAUACUGUUCUUCAGAAUAAUAUAGCUGUUUUAAGCUUUGGGGAAACUAAAAAAUCCCGAUGGGGCUUAAAUUUAACAGUGCUCGUGUCAUUGGAUUCAUCAGAUCCUGGAUUUGGUAAAUUUUAUACAUUGCCAGUGGAUCACUUGAGCACCUGCAAACCAGAAUCACCAGAUUCCAUGAUGUAUACUAAGUUACUGCAUUUCUUGAAAAAUCAUAUUCCUCCUCCUGUUUAUCAUCCAUUUCAGCUAUUUGAGGCAGAUUAUGAAAUUGUGAAAAUCAUGUGCUUAAUUCCGUAACUGUGUAUAUAUUGUUUAAUUGAUUACAAUAAAGCACUUUAGAGAAAAGAUGCUUUUGUGAAGCCAUGCAACCAGCCUGUUAGGAUUGUGUACAUAUUGAUGAAA